CCCACAUAUCAGCUCUUCAUCACUCUUCCUCUCUUUCUUUUCUUUCUCUCUUCUUCUUCUUCCUCCUGCCGCAGGUUAGCAGCCGCACAACUCACGGUCGGCGCGACGGCCCGAGCCGGGACGGCUCAGCUCACGGCCGGGAAAGCGGCGGCGCCCCGCCGGGGACCCACCGCCAACGACGACAAGGCGCAGCGGCCACCCGACGCACAGCGCGAUGGCAAGCGGCGGCACCGAGCACAUGAGCACGGCGGCGGCGGAGCAAUGUCGAUAAAAUCGGGACUAAGUUUGCAGACUGUAACUGAAGCUGACAUUUUUGCUAGGCCGCUCUGGCACACGCAGCCGUACCCUAACUCGAGACAUCCUGCCCUUUCCAUGCCCGAUAGUAGAGGCUGCAGAGCAGCAGGCGGAGACGCCGUGCUGGAAGCCAAGCGCACCGCCACCGCCGCCGCGAGAGGAGAUCAGGAGCGCUGGCAUGAGGUGGCUGGGGCGAGGAGAGGUGGAAAUAUCUUCGUCGCCGUCACCGUCUCCCCCGCUGCCGAGACGCGGCAGUCGUGGAGCAGCUGCAGGUACGGGCGUGGGCGAGGGAGAGCGGCCACGGCCAGACGACGACGCGGCACCAGUGGAGCGGCGGCUACGGGAGAUCAUCAGGGGUGGACAACGGCGGCAUCGGCGAAGUACGCCGUCAGGUGUGGAGGAGGAGGUCCUCUAGCGGCCACCGGUGCCGAGUAGGCCGCGCGCACUCCGCGCGUCACCGCCGUCACCGCCAUCACCGAACAAGCCACGACCGGGAGAAGAGAGAAAGGAGGGAGAAAGAGAGGAAGAGAGAUGAAGGGAUGACAUAUGGACCUAAGGGUAUUUUUGAUAUUUUACAUGAUUUCUCUCUCCUCCUCAAAUCAUUAUUUUAAUCGGUGCGGUGUCCGUUGGCAAAUUACCACAUUUAUAAAGUGUUUUCCCCCAAAAGUGAGUUUGGGCAGUGUCUCACAACUAAAACCACACAGUAGCAGUGUCCUGUAGCAAAAUUUGCCUAUAAUCUAUGUAUGUGUGUUUAUGGGAGUGGCAGUGUCGGAAAUGCUCAUACAAGCGCUUGUAUUCCAUAUAUAUUUAUAUAAGGAGGAGUA